CGGCACACGCCCCCCUUAACUUUUCCUUAGCUAAAUCGCAUCGCACAAGAAUGAAGAGUAAAAUGGAGCUAGUUCUUAUGCUUCUCUUAAUGGUGUCCCUCGCUGGUGCACAAAACCCAUCGCCUUCCGUGACGCAGCAAACUCUUCAACAGGUGGCUGCCUCGUUGCGGAUGUAUGUCGAUCAGCUUCCCAACAUGCCCAGGAUUUAUGGCUACUCCAUGCAAGAUGGCUCCCCAAAACCUGUUACUCUUACUAUAGGCAUGUACCGAAAAACAUGGAAAUUCCACCGCGACCUCCCUUCCACGCCGGUCUUCGUCUUCGGCACCAGCGCCGAGGCCGCCACCUUUCCGGGCCCCACCAUCAUCGCCCGCCAAGGCGUCCCCCUCUCCGUCACCUGGCAGAACCACCUCCCGUCCUCCCACAUCCUCCCUUGGGACCCCACCGUCCCCACCGCCAUCCCCAAGAACGGCGGCGUCCCCACCGUCGUCCACCUCCACGGCAGUGUCCACCCCCCGGCCUCCGACGGCAGCGCCCUCGCCUGGUUCACCGCCAACUUCCAAGAAACCGGCCCAAAAUGGACCCAGGCUACCUACACCUACCCCAAUGUACAGCCCCCCGGCAACCUCUGGUACCACGAUCACGCCCUCGGCCUCACCCGCGCCAACCUCCUCGCCGGUCUCCUCGGCGCCUACGUCAUCCAAAACCCCUCCCUAGACGACCCCUUCAACCUCCCAUGCGGCGACACCUUUGAUCGCCACCUCGUCAUCGCCGACCGGAGCUUCAACGUCGACGGCACCCUCUUCAUGAACGCCACCGGCAUCAACCCCUCCAUCCACCCCCAGUGGCAGCCCGAGUACUUCGGCGAGGCCAUCACCGUCAACGGCAAGGCCUGGCCGUUCCUCGCCGUCCACCGCCGCAGGUACCGCUUCCGUAUCAUCAACUCGAGCAACGCACGUUACUUGCGGCUAGCAUUAUCCAACGGCCUCGCAUUCUGCGUCAUCGGAUCCGACGCAUCGUACCUGGCGGCGCCCGUCACGUCGCAAAACAUCCUUUUAGCCCCUGCGGAGGUAGCCGACGUCAUCAUCGACUUCUCGUUGUCGACAACCAAUGAGGCCGAGCUGACCAACGAUGCACCGUACCCAUAUCCGACCGGCUCGCCGGCGGGGCCUCUCAACGGUAAAGUGAUGAAGUUCGUGAUACUGCCAAAGGGAGCGCCGCCGGAGGCUCCCGAUAACUCGACGGUGCCGACGAAGGAGGUGAAUUUUACAUCGGUGGUGCCGACCGACGUGGCAGUCACGAGGUACAUAACGAUGUACGAGUACACCAGUGCGUCGGGCAGCCCGACGCACCUCUAUAUCAACGGCAAGAGGUUCGAGGAUCCGGUGACGGAGACACCGAGGUCCGGGACGACGGAGCUGUGGAACGUGAUCAACUUAACGGGGGAUAACCAUCCGUUACAUAUACACCUGGGGGUGUUUCAGGCGAUUAAAGUGCAGGAGUUGGUGGACUUGACGACGUUUAAGAAUUGUAUGACGGCUAUCAAUGACGCCGUCAAGUGUAACGUGGCAGGGCACGCGGUGGGGAAGGUGGUGCCGGUGCCGGAGCACGAGAAGACGUGGAAGAACGUGGUGAAGAUGGAGCCUGGGUACAUGACGUCUGUGGUGGUGGCGUUCAAGCUGGUGGAAACCAAUCAGAAGUAUCCAUUCGAUGCCACGGGGGAGCCGGGUUACGUCUACCACUGCCAUAUAUUGGAUCAUGAGGACAAUGCUAUGAUUCGGCCAAUGAAGAUGCUUCCUUGAAGAAAGACGCUAGUCAUACAAGCAAAACCUUUGUCGGUCACCAGUGGGUUUAGAAGGAAUGGAAAUCCUAGGAAUUGGAUGAAGCAUGUGUUUGAUUGUGAUCUAAUAGCCCUGCAUGUUUAUUGUUUUGGGAGGAGUUAGAAAGUUCUAAGUAUUGUACCUAGGUAUUUAUGGGGUUUUAACUAGUGGUCCGUGUGAGAGAAGUUUUAUGAAAUAAUGUAACUUAUUAAAGCAUGCAUCCACGUCUUCAUGUCAUUUUUAGUUUCUAUAUGCCGUAGUAUCUACAUGUAUAAUGUAAUCGAUUCAUUUAUAGUAUUACUCAUUUUAAUAAAUCUUCACAUUUCUUUUUUAAA